GUUUGGGAUAGCGAGGAGAUUAAGGUUUUUAAUAAAAUCAAUCAUUACCGCAGUUAUUUCCUAUUUUUUUUCCUUUUCUGCCCUCUCUCCCAAUAAAUCUAGAAAAAAAACGAAAUUGAGAAAACAAUUUUCUAGAUUCAAAAUUCGAAACUUAAUCACCCCCAUCAAUAAUUUUCCAUGAAUUUUAAUCUGCUCCCGUUUUUAAUUUAGGGUUUUCACCCAAUUCAAAUCUGUUAUCAGACAUCUUAUUCUUCUCCUUCUUUUGGUCUGUUUUACUUCCUCCAGCUGGUUUUCACCCAAUUCAAAUAUGUUCAAUUGAUUGGUUAGAUUGAGGUUUAUCAAGAGCUUGGGUUGUUAUUAAAGAAAGUUUGUGUUUAGUUUGUAGGUCUGCUUGGUACAAAUGCGAUAAGAUGGGUUUCAAGUUUAUGCUAUAGAGGGUUCUUCUUCUGCGGAUUGUGAAGAGAAGUUUGUGAUGGGUUUCAAGUAGUUUCUGCUACAGAGGGUGCUUCUGAUGGUUGUUGGUGAUUUGAUGAUUUUCGUAUAUUGAUGGAGAAGAACUUAGUAUAGAUGAAUUCUUUUAGGCAGUAAGAACAAGUGCUAUUGUUCUCAGUGUGUGUCAAUGGGGAUUCACCCUUUAACUGUUUGAUAAAAUUACCAAGUGAAAUGGGUUUUGACUUGAAUCAAACUCCUGAGGAUACUCUAUCUCAAGAUAAUUUUCCAUCAACUACUUCAAUUAUAAUUCCAUCUCCAAUUACAAUUCCAUCUCCAACUAUUAGAGAUUUAAGUCAAUAUUGUCUCAUCGAUUUAAACAACGAAUGUUACGACACUGUCCCAUUAACACCAUUGCAUAACCAAAACCUAUUCGCCAUGGAAAUAAGAAGAAGAAUUUAACUUCUGAUAUGAAGAGAAGGAUUAUUGAAAAAUUAAUGCAAGGAAGCACGGAUGGGAGACUUCACAACGGAGUUAUCACUGAUACUGCCGCUCGGUUUAAAGUUGGUUUUAGAACUGUUUCGAGAUUAUGGCAUGAUGCAAAACUAGCUAAUGCAAAUGAAGAUGUGGUUGAUAUCUCUUCUAAGAUGGUCAGUAGAGUUGGUAGAAAGAGAAUUCAAUUAGAUUUACAUAUAAUUAAGUUGAUACCUCUUCGAAAACGAACAACGAUAAGAGGAAUAACACACGAACUAAACUUGUCAACCUCAACAGUACAUCGACUGAUCGAGGAUGGAAAUCUUCGACCACAUCCAAAUGCCUUGAGGCCGGGACUUACGGAUGGAAACAAGAUAGAAAGGAUGAAGUUUUGCUUAAAAAUGAUAGACAAAGGUAUGACCCAAUCUUCAAAUUCAUUCAUUGACAUGUUGGAUCGAAUUCAUAUAAAUGAAAAAUGGUUUUACAUUACAAGAAGAGCACAAAAGUAUAUUAUCUUCAUGCCGAAGAAGAAGAGCCUUUACGCAGUGCAAAAGUAAAAACAUUUAUCACCAAAAUCAUGUUUUUAACGGCCGUGGCUCGUCCUCGCUUGGGUUUUGAUGGUAAGAUCGGAAUAUGGCCUUUUGUUGUUAAAGAAGCCGCAAAAAGGAGCAGCAAAACCGCAAGGCUGGGACAAUGGAAACCAAGGCCAUGAAAUCUGUUGACAAAGAUGUUAUGAGGUGUUUUUUGAUUGAGAAAUUGUUGCCUGCUAUCAAGAAGAAAUGACCGUUUAAUAUUUGUAAGAAAAUCUUUAUACAACAAGAUGAUGCAAAACCACAUGUCCACGAGAAUGAUAAAAAAAUUAUGGAAGCGGUUAGGAGUUACGGGUUCGAUAUCGAGUUGUUGUGUCAACCUCCAAACAGCCCCGAAUUGAAUGUUUUAGACCUUGGGUUCUUCAGCGCUAUAUCUGCACUUCAUCAUACUGAUGCUCCAACCACAGUAGACGAGUUUAUCACAAAUGUUACGAGAGCGUUUGAAAAUUUCUCGGUUGAAGACGCAAACAAUGUUUUCAUAACUUUACAAUCUUGCAUGAAGGAGAUUCUUAGAAUCAAGGGUGGGAUUCACUACAAGAUUCCUCAUAUGCAUAAAUGGCGUUUAAUUAGAGAUGGCCAACUCCCUAAUGUACUUGAGUGUGAUCCUUAAGUAUUGAAUGAGGCCAGGGAAUUUAUAAAGGAGUAUGAAAUUAUGCAACAAAGUUCUUAAGUUUUAGACCCUAUGAAAGCAAAUCAAAUGAAGGUGAAUACGAAAAGAAAAAGAACGGGCCAGCUUGCUAUGGAUUUUAAACAAACUAUCAUUGGCAACGAUAUUUACCAGAGCUGGCUUGAGGACGCCUCUGACCUUGUUGGAAGAAAGAAGAGAGCCAAAUAUAUCCAUAAAACGAAGAUAGCACAUCUCAUGGACCUCCCUCCAGUAGCGAUUGUAAGUGGGUUGGCAGGAAAGCAUUUUACAGAGAUCUAUUAUCUGAAGCCACUGCUUGAGCUAUAUAGGAGAAGCAUCCACAUUCGUCCAUCUCAUGAUUCAGCACCCAAGCCACCUGAACCAGUCGUUCCGCUUAUCCCAAUGGAAGAAAACAAUGGCUUUGGUGCUCAAUGGUUAAGGCCGUUACUGGAAGCAAACUAUUUCAUUCCUUGUGGAGACCAUGGGGAAGAAAUAUCCAAAAGUGAAUGUAAAUAUUUCUGCUUGGAUUGUAUGGGUAAAUCCAUCUGUUCUUACUGUCUGAUUCAUCAUAGAGAACAUCGCAUUGUUCAAAUAAGGAGGUCUAACUACCACAACGUUAUAAGGGUUAAUGAAGUUCAGAAGCAUAUAGACAUUUCUGGUGUUCAACAUUAUGUAAUCAACAAUGCUGAAAUAGUUUUUCUGAACGAACACCCUCAAUUUAGACAUGGUAAAGGAGUUACAAAUAUAUGUGAAAUUUGUGCCAGGACCUUGCUUGAUUCAUUCAGAUUUUGUUCUUUGGGUUGUAAGGCGAAGAAGAUGAUGUAUGUUGUCGAAAAAAGCUAUGGAAUCUGUGGAAAAGCUUUCCAAGUAAACAUGUCAGAUCCAGAACUUCAAUCAUGCCACUUUGAUGUUUGUUCAGGUUACAGGAUAGCAAUAAAGAAAACACCAUGAAGUCCAGAUAGUGUAUUCAUGGUGAUUCAUUCUUUAACAAAAACUUCUAGUACUCCAUUGAAGUCUAGAGAUUGUUUUCAUGAUGAUUCAUUCUUUAACAAAAACUCAUUUCAAUAAAAACACUUCCUGCACAACUUUUUAUCGUUUCAAGGAAUACAAGAGAUCAUAGAAAUGAUUCAUUUUCCAUUGCACACGUAAUUAGACCCAAGUACAAACUUAUGCAAUAAUCAUUUUAAGACUAAACUGAAACAACAAGAAUCUACUCGCAUUAUAAACUUACCAUCCAUUAUCACUCGCAACAUUUCCUUACCACCCAUUCUCCCAAUUCCAAAUUCUUCGACACAGUGCAACACAGCUUGAAACUCCAAUAUCUCAGUUGUCAAUCACUACCAUUCAACAAACACCAAAUCCAGCAACAUCAUUAUUAACUCCAUAACCUCUUUCAUAUCCUGGAAAUUACACAACCACUACCAACAAAG